GCCCUGCCCUCCUGCUCGGCCAUGUCUGAGGGCGAGAGCAAGGACAGCUCGGGCAGCGAGUGCCCCGUGUGCUACGAGAAGUUCCGAGAGCUGCAGGGCGCCAGUCGGACGCUGAGCUGCGGCCACGUGUUCUGCCAUGACUGCCUGGUCAAGUACCUCCUGUCCACGCGCGUGGACGGCCAGGUCCAGAGGACAAUUGUCUGCCCCAUCUGCCGCUACGUCACCUUCCUCAGCAGGAAGAGCUCCCGCUGGCCCGCCAAGCUAGACAAGAGCUCCCAGAUCCUGGCCGUGCCUGUGGGCCUGCCCCCCACACCACUGCCGGAUGCCCUGGGCCACGCCAACCCCCUGGCCCUCUCCCAGCCAGUCUGGAGAUCGUCCCCGGGCCAGCUGCCCUUGGACCCGCCACCCGGCCUGCCCCGGGAGCCACAGAUCUUCAUCAUCAGCCGCCAUGGGAUGCCCCUCGGGGAGCAGGACAGUGUCCUGCCGCGGCGCAGCCUGGCAGAGCUCUCCGGGGCCUCCCCGGCGCCCAGCUCCACCCGGUCCUUCUGCUGCCGCUCCCGGGCCCUGCUGCUCAUCACCCUCAUUGCCGUGGUGGCCGUGGUGGCCGCCAUCCUCCCCUGGGUGCUGCUGGUGAGGAAGCAGGCGUGA